GGUUUCUUCUAGUCCCGAAGCAAAACUCAUCAAAGUAACUCCUCGCUGGUGGUCGAGUCCACCAGCCAGACCCUGUGUGGCUGCGGUGUUUUCUCCUCUGGUCUCUGGAGACUGGGUUUCUUUGUUGGACAGUUUGAAGGGUCCUUUCAGGAUCUGGUCUGCGGCUGCGGGUUCCCCUUUCCCUCCACAGAGUGGUGCAUCCUCGCCGGUAAAGGAUCUGUGCAGCCCGGGACUCGGAGCUCCGGCAGCUCUGCGGAGAAUCAGGAUGCUCCUCGCGUCCUCCCCCUCGCCGACGCAGACCAUCUGAACCUCCGGAGCCGCCGUGUCUCCCGAUCCGGACCCGGCUCGCACCCGGUCCGUUGGCCGUCCGGAACCGGAUCAGCUGCUGUCCCGGGAUAAUAAAAGCCGGAUUGCGUGAGCCGGACGCUGCAUGGGCAGGAGGCGGGGGUGUUACGGUGCUCGGGGUUUUUGUGAUCGGCAUCAGACCACGAGUUGGUGUUUGUUUACGAAAUAUUCCGAACUGAAAGCCGAAGAUUGUGGAUCAGAAAUGUGGGAUUUGCUCUUAUUUUGGCUCCUGAGAGAAAACCCGGACCCGAGGAUCCGGGUUGGAGGCUGACGGAACAUUUGGAGAGCCCGAACGCGCCAGCGGCACGCGCACAGCUCCGAUCGCACGUGAAUCCCCCCCGUCUUUAUUUACCUGUCCGCUCACCUGCGAGGACACAUGUCUCAGAUCCACCAUGCGGCUCUGGACCAGCAGCACCAGCAGCAGCCGGGCCAGUACAACCAGAUCUGCACCCGCAGCAGCAGCUGCUCGACCCCGGCCGCCGCCGAGGCAGCGGAGCCGUCCCCCCGCCCGGGCCAGAGGAGCCGGACCCCCCGCAGGAAGUGGCAGGUGUUCCCGGGGAGGAACCGGUUCUACUGCGACGGGAGGAUCAUGAUGGCGAGACAGACCGGGGUUUUCUACCUGACCCUGGUCCUCAUCCUGCUCACCAGCGGCCUCUUCUUCGCCUUCGACUGUCCCUUCCUGGCAUCCAACCUGACCCCGGCCAUCCCGGCGGUCGGCGGCGUCCUCUUCGUCUUCGUCAUGGGGAUGCUGUUCAGGGCGAGUUUCAGCGACCCCGGCGUCCUGCCCCGGGCCACGCCGGAUGAGGCCGCCGACCUGGAGAGGCAGAUCGACUCUUCGGGCUCCAGACCUCCUCCUCGCACCAGGGAGGUUCUCAUCAACGGACAGACCGUCAAGCUGAAGUACUGCUUCACCUGCAAAAUCUUCCGACCGCCUCGGGCGUCACACUGCAGCCUGUGCGACAACUGUGUCGAGCGCUUCGAUCACCACUGUCCCUGGGUGGGGAACUGCGUCGGACGGAGGAACUAUCGCUUCUUCUACCUGUUCAUCGUCUCGCUCUCCUUCCUCACCGUCUUCAUCUUCGCCUUCGUCAUCACACACGUCAUCCUCAGGUCGAACCGGACGGGUUUCCUGAGUGCGCUCAAAGACAGUCCGGCCAGCGUCCUGGAGGUGGUGGUGUGUUUCUUCUCUGUCUGGUCAAUUGUUGGUCUGUCGGGGUUCCACACCUACCUGAUCAGCUCCAACCAGACCACCAACGAAGACAUUAAAGGGUCGUGGUCCACCAAGCGAAGUAAGGAUAACUACAACCCCUACAGCUAUGGAAACAUCCUGUCCAACUGCUGUGCUGCUCUGUGUGGACCUCUGCCUCCCAGUUUGAUUGACAGGAGAGGUCUGAUCCAGUCCGACACGCCACAGACCGCCUCCCAGUCUAACGGGACCAGUGCCAGCAGCUACGCCUCCACCCAGCUCCACAGUCACAUGUGUGAUCAGGAUCAGUGUAUCCAGAGCACCAAGUUCGUCCUCCAGGCAGCAGCCACCCCUCUGCUCCACAGCGAGCCCGUGGUUCUGGCACCUCUACCGGGGAAGACCGCCCCCCUGGGGGGCCCCUGCGCUUACCUGGCCCCCACCCAGCCGUCCCUGCCGUCCUGCGGGGGAGACGUCCUGACCCUUAGGGACACCGCUGCCGACUCCCACUGCCACCACCACCUCCACCAUCACCACCAUCACCGCCACCAUCACUUCGUAAGCCCGGAGGAGACGCCGUGCACCACGCCGCAGGGUGCCCCGCCCUGCCCCGCCCACCUGCACCUCCACCUCCACACCCAACCCCACCCAUCUGUCCCCACCCCCGCCACCCUCUAUGACCCUGCCAGUCAGGACACUCUGCACGAGGACUCGGUCAGAGGGCUGGUUAAACUCAGCUCCGUCUGAGCCAAGCUGAGCGCACAUCUUUAACUUAACCUCAGCUGACCCUUGUUUAAGUUUGACCCCUAUACAGUGCGAUUCCAGCCAACUGAUUUCAUGCGCAUUUUCAAUUUGUGCAUUACAAAACUGAAGCGGAAGUGGAAACACUUGAAGGCCGUCCACACCAGGAAGGAUAGCUGUAACGAUAACGAUGAGGGCAUCCACAGUGAUGGACCGCGACGUCCUGUAAACCUUGGCGCCAAGCAGGCGCUGCUCUCCAGCUGCGUUGGACUCCAAAACGGAUAUAGACGACCUGCUGCUGCGCUACGUUGCGCAGAGAAAGAAAAAGUGAACCAGAAGGGCACGGGUUCACGAAGUUCUUCAAGGACAAGAGUAGUUAGGAGAAUCCAACACUCUGUUUUGCAGCCUGAUGUAACGUUGUACAGGCGUUUAAUAAGUUGUAUACAACAAGAGCAAGGACUGAGGACUAACCACCCAAAGGGGUUUCCUAUACCAUCAGCUGGCUUACAUAACAGAGGUAGUCAGAAACGGCAGAUGCAACAUUGAUAAAGCACUUGAUUUACCUUCUAUUUUUCCUAUUCUUAUUAAUAAGAGUAGGAAUAAUAAGAAUAAGAAAACAUUUGAAAAGUAGCCGCUGCCGGAGGCGAGGGGAGAGAGAAGAGAUGCUGUUUAUUGCUGAUAGAAAAUAUGCUCAAAGACCAUUUCACUCAUCCAACCUCCUGUGUGGAACAAAUGCUCCUUUUUAUUCCUGAGUGCUACGGUUCAGACAUUAGUUUAUUUUCUGUUCUACAUGGAAGAGAAGGAAAAUCGAGUCCUUGAUAAAUGUUGCAUGUGCCGUGGUUUUUAAAACCCUCUGCUGUUUAUUUUGGUUCAUUUCUGACGACUUCCUCUGCAAACAUUUUUAAACUGACCUUAUCUCACAUGCAUGGUAUAUUUUCAUUCAGUACAAACUCAGUUAUAAGUCUGACUUUCUCAUAGAAAUGUUAGAAAUGAAACUAUAAUACAGUGUGUUUACAUUUUCAACUGAUUUUAUCCCAACUGGUUUUUGUGCCUGGCUGUUAAGAACUGAAAAUAUUCCUAAUUCACAGUUUUAAACGUAUUUUUCUUUCAAAGCCAUUUUUAUGGUCUAUAGAUAUAAACUGGACAAUGUGUGAAAAUGAAGUUCAAUUGAAUUAUGAUACCAUAAAUAUGCUCAUGUACUAGAGAGGGUUUUAAAACAACAAAAUAACAAAUGUAAACGCCAGCGUCCAGGUUUGCAUGAAGAAGAUAAACAAGAAAGCAUGACUGUAACUUAAAAACUGAAAACAAGAGUUUUUAAUGAAGAAGAAGUCACCAAAUGCUUUUGCUUUUGGCUUUCAGAAGCCAGGGAUGCCAAAAACCUAAAAUAUUCCAGCUUUUAAAUAUUCAGGAUGACCUGUUUACCAUUUCUUUAUCUGAGGUCAGACUGCAGCUGGACCAAAGCCAUAUUAUGUCCUCAUUCACCUUCUGCUUCUGUUUGUUUAACCAUCUUUUCUAACCUCUCCAGGGUCUUCGCUUCACCCUCUUCUAUGCCCUCUGUGGUCUUGAUGAAGUCAAAUUAUGUUUCCUGCUUAAAACAGUGAACAUUGAAUCCAGAAUAAGUUAGUCUGGUGCCAAAUGGACAUCCGUCUUCAGAUGCAGUCUGACCGGGACCAAGGUCACGACUGACUGUUUUUUACAUACGAACUGGCUGAUCCAGGCGUUUUUGGUUGUGAAGAUUUUCAGGGAUUAUGUGGAAUAAUGAGGAUUGGCUGUUAUUCUCAGAGGAGCUGACUGAUUCAGCGUAAAUCUUCAGGCUGUGUUUGAUUGUGCAGACAAAUACAAGAAGCGGGAAUCAGGACUGAGGUUCCCGAAGAACAUCGACAGUUCAUCAGUUUGUGUUGAGCCAAGCACCAUACUGCUAAAUGUUCAGCUGGAGUUCUCUUCUUUAAAUAAUAAUGAUAUUGAGGGCAGGUCACGCCGGGAUUUAAAAUGGCAAAAUCAGUGGAUUCACUUGCAGCGGGUGAAGAAAAUACACAUGUACUUUUGGUGAACCUGUGAAUUCGCUCCGUUAACCAAUAUCAAACCGUCCGGACACACCUGAACAUUGAGUGAAUGGGGAAAAAAAUGGAAAAAGGAAGCUAUCGUAGCUUAUUAGCUGUGUGUCAUUAUCCAGUUUAACUGACGCUCCUCUGUUGGAGUAUAAAAGAAAAUAACAGCAAUGGUGACAGUUACGACACAGGAAUCAAUGGUACAAAUACAUCUUUUGAAUAAACUGUGUGUUAGUUAUUGUCCCUUUAGCUACCAAGCUAAGCUACUGAGCUAAGGGAUGAAGAGAACAUAAAGCUCUCCCAGCUAAUGAGCUGGGAGAGCUUUAUGUUCCCUCUUCGAUAACUUAUCAUUGAACAGAACUGAGUGCAGUGGUGAACAAAAUGUCGCGGGAAAGUAAACGUAACAGUAAAGAGAAAAUAGAGCCAAGCUCCAGCUACUGUGACUGAGCUAAUGGCUAGCUUGAUAGCUACAGCAGUUCACCAACUAGCCCUACAACUACUGUUUGAAACCGAGCUUCUGGCUCAAUCUGUUCCACGUGUUGUGGUGCGACUAUCGUAUUAAAGGGCUGGUCACACCAAAGUUUAAAACAACAAAAUUCUGUGGAAAUAUCAGUUUGUUUAAGCAGAACUGCUUUGAUCAAUGGAUUUACUGUCGGGGUCAAAGUAAAUCCACGCAAAAACGUUUGGGUCGAGUUCAACUUUAGUGUUGUAGACCAAUGGCAAAGCUUCUUGACAGAGCUGAACUUCAGCUAGCUGAAGAGUCCAAAAUGGAGGAAGCUAUUGUAGCUUAGACAGUGAUGCUACAAAUAUGUCUGUUGCUUAAAAUGUGUGAACAUAUUGUCUAAGCUAACCACCUUGCUAACUAGCUCUGAAAGCUUUUUUUUUAUUUUUUUAACCAAACUCCGGUAACUCUUUAUUGAAUGACAUGAUGAACAGUCUUGAUGACAAAACGUCUGAGGGAGUAAACAGCCCAGUGAGGAGAAAAUAGAAAGAAGCUCAGGCGACUACUCUGACUGACUAGCACUAGCAUGUUUCCGGCUUGCUUAGCAGUAAGUUGCCUAGCUACAGUAAUUUACCAAGUAGCCCAGCAAAUGUUCGCUACGUCAACAAGCUUCUAUAACAAAUAUUUCACGAAGACGUGUGGAUGAAUUUUGUCGUACUACUUUUGGUGUAACCCUUUUAUUUGACGCAAACUGUUAACAUAAUGGAGUCCAAAAUUUAGGAAGCUACUCUGCCUCAUUAGCUGCGUUUUAAAAUCCGGCUUUAUUGUCGUCGGAGUAUAAACUGCUCGUACAACAGAGACGUGGUUCACACACAGUUAGGAAACAGGAGGACGUCAGAGCUGAUACAGGUUUAAUGAACCGUGAAGACUUAUUGUCCUGUUAGCGACCAAACUAAGCUACCGAGCUAACGAAUUUCUUAACCCACCAUUGUUAGCGCAGAGGGCUUUCUCUUCCCUCCUAAAUUACAUUUAAUUGUUCAUACUGGUAAACAAUGUUGAACAAAUCACCGGAACAGCAGCAGGAGCAGUUAUUACGUCACCAAGCUUCUAGCACCACAUAUUUAACAAAAAACACGCAAAACUUUAUUUGACAUUUUAGUACAGAUCCCACGUGAAGUACAGACUAGGAGAGGUAUUUUCUUGCCAAAUUUUUCUUCAGAGCAGGGGGACUCGAGGAUUCAGCGCCUCAAUAUUUCUAAAAUCCUAGUGACAGCUUGUGUUGGUCAUUUGUUAUUAUUCUUUUAUGAUUUUUAAAAAUUCAUAAUUUAUUCAAAAUAAUAACCGAGACAUGAAUCUGUAGAGAAAAUCAUCAGUAUUUGUGAGGGUAACUCGAAAGCAAACUUCGGGGGAAAUCAGAGUUGAAAAGGUGAAAACCUUGGGGAUAUAACGCUCUGUAACUGGCACAGGCCUUAAUAAAGUCUUAAAAAGGAUCGAACUCACUUCCCUGAAGAGGCUGAGAGGAUAUCAAAAAGUCUUAAAUUUCAUUUACAAAGAUCUUUAAUAUUUUGUCUUGCCUGCCAUUGACUGUAAUAUUAGUUAUGAAACUCACACUUAAGCAAUUAACUUGAAUGAAUUUGUUAUUUUUUAAUCCAGGUAACAAUAAUUGAUUAAUUUAAUGACUAGGUAUUGUUGUUUUAUACAGUUGAGACAAAAAUGUGCCAUAAGAGUCAACUGUGGGCCUUAUCGUUUCCAAUGUUUUUAAAUUGCAUCCUUAUGGCCUGGAUCCUAAAUUGAUCCUAAAAUGGUCUUAAAGGUCUUAAAUGUAAUUUGGUGAAACCCUGUGGCAGCUGUCAGCAAUGUGAGAUUUAAUCAAACAAUAAAUGCCUUAUUUUUUAUUUUAGUUAAACGAGACAAAGAUCCACCUGCGUGAAGCUCAGAUGAACUGAAAAUGAUAACCAACGUGUAGGUCUUCUGCCGCGCCGGAGACAGAAAAACAGUGGAUAUGAUCUUUUUCUCGACAGGUGAUGAACACUCACCUGAGCACCGCCAGAGGUGUAAAAAUACAGUGCGGCUUUAAAGCCCUGCUGCAGCUGAAUUCAGCAGAGAUUAACUUUGGUUUUCCAGAUGUUGCAGGACUUUAUGAAUGAACCGCUAAUCCUGUUACUGUCACUCUGUUGAGGAUGUAUUCAUCCAGUCAGCUCUGGAGACACAGACCUGCUGAUUGGAUGAUUGUGUACCACUUUGCAUUCUGUCCAAUAAUAAUGGGGGGAAAAUAAAAGCUAAAGAAAACUUGAGCACAGAUGUAGUUUUGUGCCAAGACUUUGUCAUCCACCUCCAGCUAUUGUAUUAACAACUGUGGACUUCAAUAAA